UCAACAAAAAAUAUUUAUUUAAGGCUGCAUUCUUAACGCACCAUCCAACCUGAUCGUUUCACCAUUUAACAUUGGAUUUUCUAUCGCACUUUGCACAAAUUGAGCAAACUCUGAGGGAUCACCCAAUCUGGAAGGGAAGGGGACGGAUUUUUCCAAGAAAUUAACCACUUUUUCUGGCAAGGAUGAAAACAGAGGAGUCCUAAAUAAACCUGAGAAAAAAUAGGAAUAUGAAAACAAAAAUAUGAAAGGUAUUUCAAAUACCUACCAGGUGCAAUUGUCACAACUCUAAUUCCCUGGCUAGCCAAAUCUCUAGCUAGAGGUAGGGUCAUUCCAACAAUAGCCCCUUUACUAGCUGAAUAGGCUGUUUGCCCCAUUUGGCCAUCGUAAGCAGCCACACUGGCAGUAUUCACCACCACCCCUCUACAACCAUUUAGAUCAGGUUCAUUUUUGCCCAUUAAACCUACCGAUAGUCUUAUUACAUUAAAAGUUCCUAUAGUAUUCACCUAGAACAUGUUGAAAUAUAUUGAGGGUAUUGUUUUUAAUGAACAACCAUUACAGUUAAAACUUUGGUAAAGUCUUCCAGGGAAUGAGCAGCAUCUUUUUUGAAAUUGUAUGUUUUAAAUGCCACCCCUAUACCAGCACAGUUUACUACAUUAUUAAGUUGGCCAAACUUAUCUUUACAUAAUUUUAAAGCUUCUUGUACAUCAUUUUCAAUUGCAACCUUAAAGAGUUAUUAAAUUUUACUAAUUGUUUAUUACAAUGCAUUUAUUUUCUUACAUUUACUGGAGCAAAUAUAACUUUGUCCUCUCCAAUUUCUUUAGCGAUCUCUGAUCCUUUAGAAGUUUUUAAGUCGCAUAAAACUACUCUCGAACCUUGUUGAACUAAUCUUUCUACUGUGGCUUUUCCUAGCCCUGAAGCACCACCUGUCACCAAACUAACUGCACCCUAAAAAAUAUGUAAAAUAUUUUUUAAACAUAAAAUACAAUUUAUUUUACCUUAAUCAUGUCGCUUAAACUGUUGCCACGAUAAAAAUGAGCAAAGGUUAAUAAAAUAAUGAAUAUUCGAUUAGAUAAGGAAUAACCAUAAUAAAAAAUAAUUGUUAAAAAUAGGUUAGGUUUUCCAACCUUCAAGUAGUUCAAAUGUACUUGACAGAAUUUAAUUUUUUUUAAAUCGUACCCAUGAACUUUUUAUGUUCUUGAUCGUACAAUAAAAAACAUCAUAAUAAUCAGGUUAUGGAAGUUGGCAACAUUGGUUGCCUUCUCGGAAAUUUUUGCAUUUCCAUUUGUUAUUAAUUUUAUGAAUAAAAUGCCACUUAAUUUUUACAACAUACACUAAUCUAGUUUUUUAUAUAAUUGGGUUAUCACUUGAUACCUGGCGCUAUCAGGAAGAUAUGGAGGCUGUAUUUCAUGAAAAGCAAGAGGGGUCUCUAUGUGCCCAACACUGCCUGAAUUCCCUUUUGCAAGGCCCAUACUUCACAGCAGUGGAUUUGAGCACACUUGCUGAAAAACUGGAUGACGAAGAAAGGCAGAGGAUGGCAGAAUGUGGGGAGGAAAGCGACGAGUACAGGAAAUUCCUACAGCAACCUUCAGGCAACAUGGACGACAGCGGCUACUUCUCAGUGCAAGUGAUUAGUAGUGCUCUGCAAGUUUGGGGCUUGGAAUUAGUGCCUUACUCCUCCAGCACAGACGAAAGAGUAAAGACUGCCCUAUCGAACCCCAGCGCCAUGAAAGCGUUCAUUUGCAAUUACAGGGACCACUGGCUGAGCAUUCGCAAAAUAGCUCGUCAGUGGUUCAAUUUGAACUCCUUGUUGAGCAGACCCGAGCUGAUAUCCGACACCUAUUUAUCUCUGUUUCUGGCUCAGUUAAGGAACGAAGGGUAUUCCAUAUUUGUAGUGUUUGGGGAACUGCCUGAAUGCACUGCCGACGAGCUGCUCAAGUACAAUCCUGCCGUUGCGGCUGCUGCUCGGCCUGUUUUCAGGAACACUCAGUCAGUUGAAAGUGAUCCCGAUGUUCAGGCUGCUUUACAGUUGAGCCUGCAGGAUGCAGGCGGGGGCUACAAAAUUGAGGAUUCCGAUUUGCAGGAAGCAUUGAGGUUAAGUUUGCAGGGGGCGAAUAGUAGUCCUGAGGAGGAGGAUGAGGAUGCUUUGUUAAGAAAGGCUAUUAAUAUGAGCUUACAGUGCUAGCAUAUUACUUACAUAAUGUUAUUUUAUUUAUUUUAAAUAUACAAUUUUAUAACUAUUACAUUUAUAGGUAUUUAGUUGUGCCUACCUGAUUAGGGGCCGUCCAUAAAUCUCGUGACGAUAGAAGGGGGGGAAGCCUUUAACCAUUUUAAGCGUCAAGAGAUUUAUGGAUAGCAUUUUUAUUAUAAAGCACUUGUAAAUAUGUACCUACCUCUAGUAACAAAUUUUAAUGUUAAAUAACAAUAAUGUCUUUCAUACUUACGUACUAUUAUAAUUUUACUUUUUCAUCAAGUACUAUUAUACAGUAUUAUAAUAGUACCUGUUGCAUUUUGUUUUCUUUUAAUAAUUUAUUAUUGUAAAGUAUAUUUAAUACAUAUUUUUUUGAGAUUUUUU